AUGGCCAUCGACGCCGAGGAGCUUCUCAUCCAGCCUUUCCGAGAAGUUGUAGAGCGGGGCAAGGAAGCUGUCGCUAAUGCCGAGGCAGCGGCCGGCAAUGGUGACGACGAGGACGAAGACGGCACCGAUCCGUCGAACGGACAAAAUGUGACGGAUAUGCUCAAAUCAGGACGCUCCUUAGUUAAAGAAGGCGAGCGAGCCCUGCAGAGACUUCUACCACUAUGGCAGGAACGCGUUGACAAACAUGGCGAUGCGUUCACGGAGACUAUGCGACAGAAUGAUCGGAUUCUCGAUAACCAGAGACGGCUGGAAGAUUUGCUCUACGACUUGGACGAUUUCGUCCAGGUUGAUUCAUUCGACCCCGAGAAGUUCGCAGAUGUGCAAGCGUCGUCUAAGGCAUUUGCUCUAACUCUUAUGGAAACUAUGAAGAGACUACACAUCGAAAAAAGCGUGCGGGAAGCAUCGUCCCCUCCAUCGUGGAUACAGCCGUUAUCUUCACGGGAUUCGAAUAAUAAGGGCCAUGACAAUAGCGGAUCUAUUACCUCUAUGAGGCUCAGCGACAGUGCCGGCAUAAGUGGCGCCAGCACACCAUCUAGACGACCGUCCAGUCCCGAUAUACUAGGAGCAGAGCGCGAUUUCAUCAGUCUUAUAUCUACCCCCCCAAGUGCGCCACCUCCGAACCCGAGGACGUCGGCCUGGGUUAGCGAACAGACCACUGCUGCUAAAUCGUGGUCUCGCAAUAAUUCGAUCCCUGAAGAUGACUACUUUGUGGGGCAUCCUGUCAUCUUUAAUAGCCUCGACAGCCUUACUCUACACGGCCAAGAGUUAUCGGUGCCGCAUAAUGUACCUAAAAGCCCGGAUACUUCCUAUAGUAGGAUAUCGUGGUACACUACUACUGGUAGUUAUACCUCGGGCCCCAGAUCAUCCGUCCACGUCCCCACGAGCGACCAGAGAACUACCUCGCUUGCGAAGUCCAUGACAGACUCCCCUGAAACACACGAACCGAUCGAAGUUGAGCUACCGCCAUUGCCCGGUCCGCCGGCUUACGAAGAUGGCCUAAUACCUGCAGAGGAACUUUUUGCGGCAAGAAAGGACUCGUUCUCUGGUUAUCAGAUCGGAUUAGACAGCAGCCUUUAUAUACAUAAGGGCUUAUGCACGGGUUCGCAGACGUAUCGAUUUAAGGGGCGCAGGGCUGCUACCAAAGCCGUAAUGGAAUAUGGAACUAGACGAAGCACUGCCCGAUGCACGGAAUGCGAGUUCGCCCAAUCCCUGUUGGAAGUAGAGCUCGACGACGCUCUUGACCCGGGUGGGAACUUUGGCAAAGCCGGCGUUUUGUAUCGUCUCCGGUUUCUAUACAAGUCUCACUUGGUCUCGGAUUCAGCGUUUACGAUGCGAUUCGGCUGCCUCUUCUGCGCAGAAAAGGGACAGACCGUCUAUGCCGACGAUGCUACGAUAUUUACAACGCAGGACCAGUUGUUUAAACAUUUAUCGCGCCACCCACAGCCUUUACCGGAGAUCCCCGGGAUCACGAUUCUGUAUGGCGAAGUGCCCAAGAACGACCCUAUUGUUGAAGAUUACGAUCUUCACUUCCCAAACCCUCCUGUAGCUAGCCUACUUCCAGACACUGCGACUCUAGCCAAAUUUCCAUCUGCGAGAGCCAUUAAGAGCCACAUUAAACGGUAUGGACGCGAUUUGACGGAUCCCGACGGUAAUUCGGAUCGGGUUAUGAAGUUUAUGGAAGGCGCCCGCAUCGUGGGUCUCGAAUUUCCAGAGAAUUGGAAGGGGAAAUGGUGCACUGGCUGGCACGACGGCCAAUGGGGUUCCUUUCCUACGAAGCACGUCAUCCUCGAAUUGCCUGCAAACCUCCCAGGCACAAAUGCAUGUACCGACGGCAUGUUCGUUACGACGCGCUGGAAAUUUGAGGUGAAGGAUAUGUCAGCAGGAUGGUUGCAAUUUGACAAGGAUGAAACUUUGUCCAAUGUUUCCUGGCUGAAUCAGGAUGACUGGUGCUGGUACGGAACGAAGAAGAAUGGUAAGGGAGGGCUUUUCCCACGAUUCUUCGUAAAUCAGGAGUCAUUGAGAGGCGGCGCGAUUCGGAACGGAGAAGAGGAUGAAGAUACUUUACCCAAGGCCAAGAAACAGGGCAGCUUUGGGUUGCCUAGCAUAAAGAUGCGUAGAAUGACCAUUGGUAGUAGUUCAUCUUGA